GACAGCUGUCAAAACAUUAUCUGUUGAAAAUCCCGUGCAAAAGGUGAAGCUUCACGGCAAAAAUACACAGCAAAAUCAAGAAGCUGCACCGCUGAGCAGGGUUAAAAGUUUCGUUUUCAAGGGCCGUUAGCGAUGGGGGCCGCAUCCAGCAAUCCGAGAACGCUGGUGGUGAACAACGACUCACCCGCCGGCCUCAUCGAUAUCUCCGAUGAUGUAGUACAGCGGCUCAAGAGUGGCCUUCCGUCCAAGACGCAAGGUCGGAAUGCGGACGCCCAGCAACGCCAACAGCAGCAGCAGGGUAGUGAUGAGAGCAGUGCGCCACCGGUUCGUGGCCCAAGCUCCUACCCAAAUCCGCCGGUUCCACCGUCCACAGUGUUUCAGGGUGAACUUCCGUUUACCUCGAUGCAGGUACUGCAGGAGAAGGAACGGGAGCUGCGUGAAAACGACGUUUACUGGACGCAACGGUUGAAGGCGCUUGAAGCGAACCUCGCCAAAACGAACCAAGUGCUGGAGAAGGAAUACAGCGAUGCGGUUGCUGACGUAAAGAAGCGAUUCGCAACGACCGCCGUUCAGCAGCAGCUGCCACCCUGCCAGGAUCUGAAGGCGAAGGUAAUCGCAUGCUACCGACAAAAUCCACACGAAACGUUGCGUUGCGCGGAAGAGGUAAAGCAGUUCACCGACUGUGUCAACCAGCAUCGAAUUCAACUGCUGCAGCAGCGUUCAGCGGCCGACAAUGAAAAGAAGUAAAAGCCCGGCCGGAAGUAGGCAAAAUACGCAUCAACGCAGCACGUCACCCCAACACUAACCAACAUAACCGCCAACGCGGUGAUCCAUCGAUGCGAUUAGGGUUCGAAACUCUUCACGUCGUCUUUGCUGCGUAAUCGUUGCUUUGUGCCUCUUCCCUUACGAGUGUUUGUCUAGCGCGAAUGUUGUCGAUUCAUUUAUUCGUUUGUAAAUAUAAAAUCAAAAUCAAACGAUUUA